ACGCGCAGUCAGCUGCUGUCUGUUUACUGCGGAUGUGGAGGUAGCCGGGGUCCGAGAGGAGCUCAGGCUGGAGCUGACGAGAUGGAGCCUGGAGGCGGCGGCGGCGGCGAAGCGGGCGCCGGGGACAGCGACAUCUGCUGCCUGUCCUACAACCAGGACUGCACGUCGCUGGCGAUCGGGAUGAGAACAGGGUACAAGCUUUUCUCUCUUUCCUCGGUGGAUCAGCUCGACCUCGUCCAUGAAAGUUAUGACCUCUCAGAAGUCUACAUCGUUGAGCGCCUCUUCUCCAGCAGUCUCGUGGUGGUCGUCAGUCACUCCAAGCCUCGCCAAAUGAACGUCUUCCACUUCAAGAAAGGGACCGAAAUCUGCAACUACAACUACUCCGCCAACAUCUUAUCCAUCAGACUGAAUCGGCAGAGACUGGUGGUGUGUCUGGAGGAGUCGGUUUACAUCCAUAAUAUCAAAGACAUGAAGCUGCUGAGAACUCUGCUGGACACCCCCAAAAAUCCCACCGGUCUCUGUGCUCUAUCGAUUAACCAUUCCAACUCCUACCUGGCAUACCCUGGCAGUGCCUCUAUGGGCGAGAUCAUGGUAUAUGAUGCCAACAUACUGAAAAUAGAAUGCACAAUCCCGGCCCAUGACAGCCCCCUCGCUGCCAUCGCCUUCAACUCCACAGGGACCAAACUGGCCAGUGCAUCGGAGAAGGGUACCGUGAUUCGGGUAUUCUCCAUCCCCGAGGGCCAGAGACUGUAUGAGUUCAGGAGAGGAAUGAAGAGAUACGUUAACAUCAGCUCCCUGGUAUUCAGCAUGGACUCUCAGUUCCUUUGUGUGUCCAGCAAUACGGAGACCGUGCACAUCUUCAAACUGGAGCAUGUACCAGAAAGAUCAGAGGAAAACUCUUCUUGGAGCGGCUAUAUGGGAAAGAUGUUCAUGGCUGCCUCAACCUACCUCCCAGCUCAGGUGUCAGACAUGAUGAACCAGGACCGCGCCUUCGCCACUGUCCGUCUCAGCUUCUCUGGGCAGAAAAAUGCGUGUACUCUGGUGACGAUACAGAAACUGCCACGGCUCCUGGUGUCCUCUUCCAGUGGCCUUCUCUACAUCUAUAACCUGGAUCCACAAGAUGGUGGCGAGUGUGUUUUAAUAAGGAAGCACAGCCUCCUCAGUUUGGAGAAGCCAGAAUCUGGUGAUGUGGAGACUCCGGCGCCGGUAUCUUACGCAGCCACUGUGGCCAGAGCGAGCGGUGUCCCCUCCACAUCCACUGUUGCAGGAUACUCGGAGGAUGGAGGCGCCCUUCGUGGCGAGCUGCUUCCAGAACACGAGUUUGCUGUGGGUCCAGUGCAGCUAGAUGAUGAGAAAGAGUUUCCUCCUAUAAAUUUGUGCCGUGGAGGUCAGAGAGAUUUGCCGUGACUAGCUGCCAAAAAGUCGAAGAGCGCACGCACUGGAGUGCGAACGAAGGAUGGGCGAGGUGACAGGGUGUGGGAAAGGUCACCGCCGCCACCUUUCAU